AUGGAAACAAUAGGAGGUCCAUCACAAGGAAAAUUAGGAGAAGUAGUGGGUGAAGUGGAAUACCGCUGUCAUAUAUUCUCCAAGUUGUCUCCUGAUGUCCUGCUCAUCAUCUUCAACGCCAUCAAAGCUGUUAUGAAAGACAAGAACCUUCUUCAAGAGCUCAGACAGAAAAUGGAAGAUAUUCCUGAGCAAAAUGAUGGCUAUGAGCUGAAAACUGAGAGCCCACACUUAAAAGACCUGUUCAGCACCUUACAGCAUUCUCCAAGAGAUUGUCUACUUCAGGUGGCAGGAGGAAUCACUUAUGUCCUUGAUGCUUUGCAUGAGUUAAUGGACGAUCAGCUGCUGCUGCUUCUUGAAUCCUUGGAAAGGAAGAUUCUGUCCCAACAGCUGAAACUGGUUAAAAACCUCCUGGAUCAAGAGCUGGCAUAUACGAUGAGUCCUUUCCGUAUGGAUGCCAGGCUGCUCUCCUUCCCACACGAGGAGGAACUGAUGUUAACCAUGGAACUGGUGGAGCUGAGUGGAGUGCAGCUCCAGGAAGAUGGAUCAGCUGUCCCUAGGGAUCAACCCUUCGAGUCUGUGGCAGCCCUGUUUGCUGCCCUGUACGCCCUCAGCCUCCUGAGUGGCUCCAAAUAGGACACACCAGGCCCUGCUCAGGGAACCCCUCUGUAAAGCAUUGGGAAAUCUCCGCUGAGCAACCAGGUUUCUCUCCCAAUAUCAUCCUUGUUAAUGCCCACGGCUGCUUUGGCUGGGAAAAGCAAAUUUAAGGCUGCAAAAUUAUUUACUGAUACUAUCAUAGGCUGGAUAUCAAAGUGGAUUUGUCUAUCUGUCUCCCAAGAAUACUGAGGUGCAACAGGAAAAUCCACAAGCUCAAAGAAUCCGAGGCCUGCCACCUGUGCCUCAUGUAAUCCUGCUUCCCUCAAAGUGCUGCUGCUGCUUCUGAAAUCAACAAAUGGGAAAGGGAAGGGUAAAGGGAAUGGGAAGGGCAGGGAAAUGUAAAGGAAAAGGGGAAAUGCAAAGAAAACAAAAGCCAAAGGAAAACAUGAGCAGUGAUUCACUGACCCUGGUUCCUCUCUGCUUCAGUGGGGACUCCGUGAACUGCUGGUGCCGGGAAGGCGGGGAAAUCCCAGAGGUUGCACUGACACCUCCCUGCUCCCAUCUCCCUGAGUUGCUUGAGGGACACAGGGAACACUUCAGAGCAACACUACAAAUACUCUCAUUAUCACUCUAUAAAUAAAGAGCAGCUUCUUGCUAAGCAAUUUUUAAAUUUUGUGUCUUUUCUCUCCCAUGGCACAUCUGACAACCUCAGUACUAAAGCUGUACCAGAAAUAAGAGCCCUUGAUGUGGACACAGCAGUCUCAUGUAGAAAACUUUCUAAAAUAAAUGUGAAUAUUUUGAUUACUCCUUUGUACAGUAUUCUAAGAGAAACUAAUAAAAGUGAAGC